UGGAUUGCUCGGUACUCGAUUGGUUCUCUACUCAGAAAAGCAUGGCGGUUCUAGUGGAAGCCGGUUCUGUGGGUCAAUUCGAGGAGCUACUGCAGAAAAGCGGGAAGUCGCUCCUAGUGGUGCAUUUUUGGGCGCCAUGGGCUCCUCAAUGUUCCCAAAUGAACGAGGUUAUGUCAGAACUGGCAAAAGAACAUUCUCAGGUCACAUUCGUAAAGCUUGAAGCAGAAGCCGUUCCAGAAGUGUCAGAAAAGUAUGAAAUUACCUCAGUGCCAACAUUUUUGUUUUUUAAGAACUUGCAGAAAAUUGACAGAUUAGAUGGAGCCCAUGCACCCGAACUGACCAAGAGGGUCCAACGACAUGCGUCAAGCACUUCUUUUCCUGCCAGCACCAACAAUGCCACCAAGGAGGAUCUGAAUGUGAAACUGAAAAAGCUGAUCAGUGCUGCUCCGUGUAUGUUGUUUAUUAAAGGGUCUCCACAGGAUCCUAAAUGUGGCUUCAGUAGACAAAUUGUGGACAUCCUUAACAAGCACAAGAUCAAGUUCAGCAGUUUUGAUAUAUUGUCUGACGAGGAAGUGCGUCAGGGUCUAAAAACAUUUUCCAAUUGGCCUACGUAUCCUCAGCUGUACGUCAAUGGAGAACUAGUGGGAGGACUGGAUAUUGUAAAAGAGCUUGUGGAGUCUGGGGAGUUGGAUAAAAUGUGUCCAAAAGCACAGACUUUAGAGGACAGAUUAAAAGCUCUUCUGAAUAAAGCCCAGGUUAUGCUCUUUAUAAAAGGCAACAAGCAGAUGGCCAAGUGUGGAUUUAGCAGACAGAUCCUAGAAAUGAUGAAUAACACAAAUGUUGAAUAUGAAACAUUUGACAUACUGGAGGACGAAGAAGUGCGGCAGGGAUUAAAAAGCUACUCUAACUGGCCGACAUAUCCUCAGCUUUAUGUAAAGGGAGAGCUCAUUGGGGGUUUGGACAUUGUUAAGGAGUUGAAAGAAAAUGGGGAACUGGUUUCUGUUCUAAAAGGUGAACAAUAGCGUAUUAUGAUGGUAUUGAUGGGAUGAAACAGCCACCACAGAACAAAAGGAAUAUCUUGAAGUAUCUUGACCCUUCACCCCGGACUUGCAGUGAACGUUCUUGUUCACACUUUAUUAGAAGGUCACAAUAUACAAAUAUGAUUCAGUUUGAUGCUUGGGAACAAUGUAUUAUUCUCCUUAGAUUCUGUGGAAUCUACGUAAUAUUAAAUGGCUGAAAUCUUUUAAUUUAAUAAACAUUGUUACACCCAU